AUGUAUUUCAUAGCGGCAAUAAAUUUUUGUUAUGCUCCUUUAAUGUUUUUCCUUCGUCAUUUGCCGCCAACAAAUGCACAAACUGAAGGAGGAGUAGAAGGAGAACAACAAACAUUAACUUCAACAACAACAAAUCAAAAUCAACAACAACAACAAAAACAAAUAAUAUUAAAUACUCCUUUAAUUUAUGAAAAAAUUGAAGGAAUUAAUGAUCCUCAACUUUUAUAUGGAAAUGAACAACAAAAAAGACAAACAAAUGGUUUUAAUUCUGUAUGGGAUGAUUAG